AUGUCUUCCUCAAUCUCGACCAGCUCCGGUAGCAAGCCUAUCGAUCCAUACAAGGCCAAGAACCUCGAUCCCGAGGCACCACUCAAGGAUAAGGUCGAGGGUCUCGUCAAUUUCAUCACUGAUCUCAAGUACGGAAUGCUCACCACGAAGGCCUCGGACAGCGAGCGGCUGUCAUCGCGAGCAAUGGCUCUUGCGGGAACGGAGAGCGGUGGCGUCGAUCUGAUUUUUCACACCAACCUCUUCUCUGGAAAGACAAUGGACCUUACGGCACACCCAACGGAGACAAACAUCUCGUUCCUUGAUGUGGCAUCUGGUGCAUGGGCUUCUGUCUCCGGAACGGCUACCAUUCUCUCUAAUAAGGAAGUGGUUCAAAAAUUCUAUUCCCCAUCUCUCAAGGCAUGGCUGGGCGACUUAGGUGAUGGUGUGCAUGAUGGUGGUCCCUCCGAUCCCCGAAUCGGUGUCAUCAAAGUGGAAGCCAAAUCAGCUAUACAUGUCUCCCCUCGCAAAGGAAUGAUCGGCAGGGCAGUAGAUGCCGGCAAGGGGAUUGUCAAGGGAGAUGUUCCUCCCAUCAAUAAAAUCCACGAAAUUCGGACAGAAGAGCUGGCCGAAUGGCGUCGCACUCAUCCGGAGUGA